GUUAGCUUAUCCUCGUAUGAUCACGACGCAGACGAUCUGUUCGGUUUUCACCUCUCAAAAUAAAAAAUAAAAAAUAAAAAAUUAUAACUAAAAUCCCGGCCACCGCCACCAACAUCCUCCGAUUAGAUUCUGGUUUCCUCCAUCUCCGAUCUGUCUUCCAUGACGUUGUCAGAUGAUGAAGACGCGUCCUUAGCUGAGUUUCUCGAAUCUGAAGUCCUCUCUGAAGCCUCCGAUGCGGACGUCGAUACCCAGAAAGAGAAGAAAUUUGAGGAGAAAGAAGAGCCAAAGAAAAAGAAAUUGCGAGUAGAGGAAGGUUCAAGCUCAGCUUCUGGUGCAGAUCCGGCGAGAAUUGAGAGUGGAAUUUUGAGCAAGAUUCCUCCCGAACUAUUUCCCCAAAUACUCAAAUUCCUCUCCUCUGAGGACCUUGUAUCGUGUUCACUGGCAUGCAGAUUCCUUAACUAUGCUGCUUCUGAUGAAUCUUUGUGGCGUCGCCUUUACUGCAUGCGAUGGGGUCUGUUGCCGCCUAAUAAGAGUUUGCGAGUUUGUGCUUGGAAAAAGCUUUACAUUCAGCGAGAUGAGGAAGAUAUGGUUGAACUUGUUAGAAAUUGCUCAGCUGAGUUUAAGGAGUACUAUAUCCAAAUGCAAGUAGCAAAGAGAAGCCAAGCACCUCUUCCUUCACAGGUGAAGGAUGACAGGAUAAUUCUUGACAAGACAGUUGGUGAUCAAGUUUCUAUCUGGAAAAGCAGUAGAGGUCUGACUGAUAGCAUGAUUACUGGCCAUGCUUGUUCUGGAGAAAUGUGUACUUAUCAUCAGAUUGGCAAUGUCUUUGUUUGUGAGAAGACUGGCUAUGUUCAUGUCUGUGAUGAUACAUGCAGAGAGGUCAUUUUGGACCCGAAUGAUUUGCUUAUGGUCUGUAAAAUUUCUGGGCGUUGUUUUGAAAAUUUGAUGGAACAAGCUGAAAUGGAGUCAGAUUCUGGGCAUAGUUUAAAUGGGGACGUUGGCUUUUCCAAGUUGUGUGAAGACAUACAUGCAUGGAUGGAGAGCUGCUUUUGGAAAGUUAUAAGAACUAUGAGAAGACAUGCUUAUUCUGCUCUUGAAUGCCCAACUUUGGAACAAGGCGGGGUGGCAGAUGAAGCAGAGCCUUUCAUGGGAUCUGGCCGAUUUGCACAAGCUUAUACAUUGGGAUACAAUUGUGAUGAUGAGAAGGAGCUGGAAGCUGCUUUGAGGUUUUGCCCGGUCUAAAUUUCAUUGUUCUGGAAGAUGUAUGUAUUGAUUUGGUAUUUUAGAGCUGGCGACAAAUUUCACUCAACUACCUUGUUAAAUAUUUUAAGAUUUCACAUUUUUAACAGUUGUAUGAAUUAAUUAUGUGGUGCUAGGUAACUCAAAUUAUGUUUCU